GACUUUCAUGUUUGGUGAAUGAUGAUUUAUUUGAAAGUAAACCCAUUUGCUUGUCUCAACUUUGACUCUGUUCCAAAUAAAUAAGAACUGGGAUGAUUUGAAAUCGAAUAGAAGAGAUUGUUCACCGGAAUUGGAGCUUUUGAGGUUGUGAUGAUUUGUAAUUGUUCAUUGAAAAGAUGCCUCUGACCUAACCCAUCGUCCCACCCACAUGUACGAGCUUCAAUAAUUCUAUGAAACUUGUCUACAAAAAGUCUUUAGCAGAUCGGUGAACUGAUAAGUCUGUGCUGUUCUUAGCUGUUAAAGUCUCCGUAUCCAGAAAUAUAUCCGAGGUCUCUAGCUGGAGGAUUACACUAUGAUUUUUCUUGUUUGGGUAGUGAUUUCAUGGACAGUGGCUUUUAUUCUAGUCAUAAAGAUCUUCCGGAAACGAUCACUCAGUUUCUGCAACCGCAUUGUUUCUACAAUCCAUGCUUCCUUGGCUGUCAUUUUGUGUUCUCUCUCUGUUGAAGACUGGAGUUGCCCAGCUUGUCCUUUGGCUUCAAAGUCUUCUCCAUCACAGAUGAAAACAUUGGCUGUAACUCUUGGUUACCUCGUCUAUGAUCUUGUAUGCUGCCUGUUCGACAACCAUGUCAACAUAGAUAAUGUAGUUCAUCAUCUGGUUAGCAUUUUUGGUAUUGGGGCUGGCCUUGUCUAUGAAAGAUGUGGAUCAGAGUUGAUUGCAGCAGUGUGGGUUACAGAGAUCUCCAGCCCUUUUCUUCACAUGAGGGAAUUUCUCAAAGAACUUGGUUACAGAGACACCAACCUCAAUUUAGCUGCUGAUGUUUUGUUUGCAGUAAUCUUCUCACUUGGAAGGAUGGUCGCCGGACCUUACCUCACUUAUGCGACUCUCUCUGCUGACAACCCAUUACUCAUAAAGGCCAUGGCGCUCGGAUUGCAAUUAGUGAGUGCUUUCUGGUUCUACAAGAUAGCAAGGAUGGUGAGGUACAAACUGACAAAGAGUAUAUCUAAAAAGGAGGCCUAAAGCACGAGGACCCAUGUAGAGUUCCAAUGACAUACGAGGGGAGAAAGAAAAAGGGGGACUAAAGCCUUAGAUACAUUAAUUGGGGUGGGGUGGGGAGAAGAAACAGAAGAAAGAAACGAGUCAUUCCAUGUUGUUGAUCUUCAAACAAUCAUAAAUCAUUUCCCGUUUCUCCAUUUGUAUUGGAGCUUUGACAUUUGAAAGAGAGAGAAGACCUAAUAAAUCUAUAGGAGUAAAGAAUAAUUGCAUACAGUUCAAAAAUCAA